AGUUUGUAUUUUCCACCGGAAGCAGUUCUCGUGUCAGAGGUCGCGCACAUUGUUCCUCGGCGGCACAGUCAGUUUCACACAGUAACGUUAAUGAAUGAGGUUUUUACUCCGAUCUCCAGCGCACGCUUUCCAGAAACACGGACAGAAACGGCGACUGCGACGUUAUUCUGCGCACGGUUAACAGGAGAAGUUCAUUUUAUUUGAGUUAAUAGACCAGGACAGAGAUGGCUGGAAUUCUGUUUGAGGAUAUAUUUGAUGUAAAGGACAUUGAUCCCGAUGGCAAGAAGUUUGACAGAGUAUCUCGUCUACAUUGUGAAAGUGAAUCCUUUAAGAUGGACCUCAUCUUGGAUGUGAACAUUCAGAUCUAUCCUGUUGAUCUUGGUGACAAGUUCAGACUGGUUAUUGCCAGCACGUUAUAUGAAGAUGGAACACCAGAUGACGGAGAGUACAAUCCUCAGGACGAUCGGCCAUCUAGAGCGGACCAGUUUGAUUACGUGAUGUAUGGGAAAGUUUACAAGAUUGAGGGUGAUGAGACUUCAACAGAAGCAGCCACACGACUCUCUGCCUAUGUGUCUUAUGGUGGCCUGCUCAUGAGGCUGCAGGGAGAUGCCAACAACCUUCACGGCUUUGAGGUGGACUCCAGGGUCUAUCUCCUCAUGAAGAAACUGGCCUUCUAAAACUCUGCUCCCCCUCUUAGCCUGGUUCUUCCACUGCCACCGUCACAGUCAUGCUGAACUGCAUACUGAAAACAUUCACGUUCCCAAGUCUGGAGCACAUGACCAUCUCCAAGAGCAGCUUACAGACGGAACACAUGGAGGCCGAAGAAAGCGUAUUUAGUUUUUUUAUUCUGCUAGUUAAAAAAUGUUUCCUCUACGGAGAUGGACUAAAGACGGUGACACUUAAGAACUGCUGCAAUCUCCAUCUGCUGGCAAACUGUAAAUAAAGAUUUCUUUUAUACAAAAUGA